UUAUCCUCGUUUCUUUGAAGCUUCCAAUUCUUGUGUGACAGCUACUCUUAUACCACCAGCAUCUUCAACCACCCUGUCACAAUAGAAACUGCAACUUCACCUUCAAUUCUUCUUCUCCAUACACUCUUGCUUUUCUAAUAAUUGUCAUCAUAUCUCAUAGUCAAGAGAGGACAUUUGUUUCUGAAGAUGAGUACAGAAAGCAAGACAGUGAAAGCAGAGAAUGAUUUUAAACUAGUUGUGAACUACUCUAAGCACUGUGUUUGGAAAGACCUGAAGAAAGAUUCAUCAGGUGCAGGUGCAAAUGCAGCUUCUAGAGUAAACAUGUCACUAUCUGCCCUUGACCCUUUAUCUGAGAUAGUUUGGUCUCCAAACACAGGUUUCAGCUUAAAUUGUGUUGAUUCAAGUUCCGCUAACAGAAAUAGCAAUCUUUACCAAGAUGUUAGACCAAGCAGCAUGGUCUUUGCUCUUCUACAUGGUGGAAUUUCUAACACUGAUUUACCUAUAGAUGAUGUUUUUGUAAAUCCUAUAACUGUUAUAUGCGCGAAAAGCGACGUUACUUCCGCCGAUGCUCCUUCUAGAGUCAUCACUCCAGAAUGUCAAGCACCUAAGGAGAAUGAUACAGGUGAGGUUGACGAAAGGCCCGUUGACAAGUUCUUAACUCAAGAGGAUAAUAAACCAAACCCAAGCAUGGAAGAAAAUCCCUCUCCAAGAAAACUUUGCAAUGGUGGAAUGGAUCUUGCUUCUAAAGCUCCAAUUGAGAAGCUUGAAUCAACAGCAGAUAAUGAUUUACAAACAUUGAAUAAUUGCGCAGCAUUGUUUCUAACAGGUAAAAAGAGAUGCAAACUUCAACAAGAGUUAACAACUGGGGGUAAAAGAGUUAAGAAGCAAACUCAAGAGAGUUCAUGUUCGAGAUCCAUGAAAAUUCCAGAAACUUCAGAUCCCAGAUCCAGAACCAGGCAGAAUAGCUCAUUCAUGAACUUGGUUUCAAACAUGAUGAAAGGAUUCUCACAAUCAGCUGCAAAUCCUGAUCACCAUCUUCUCUGGGAUCAUGAUCAGAUUCAGAAUCAUAAUCCUGAGCCGAAAAGUACAGGACUCAAAUCCGAUUUCAAGUGCAUGUCUUGUCCCAUAAAAUCUCAUCAAGGCCUAGAUGUUACUCCAAUAUCAUGUUGUGCAGAGAACAAUAACAGUCUUUACAAACAGUAUUUGAAAUCAAAAGAGUUUGAGGUAAAGAUUAGGCCUGUGAAUUUUCACAGCAGCCAUGAAAACAGGACAAAUAAAGAAGGAAUAGAAAUAAAUUCAUCUCCUACCAUACAGGAUCAGAAUAACAAUGAGAGUGCUGAAUCCUACGCACCUUCAGAGAGGAAGGUAACAGAUAAGUUCUUGAACAAAAUUGAUACUUCUGGAGGUGUAUGGAUGAAUCGAUUCUUGCCAAAAUCAAGUGCUCAAUUGAUAACUUUUGAUAACUCUGUACAUCCAAAUUCAUAUAAACACUUUUCUUAUCUAAAAGAAACCAAAGAACAAUGUGUUGAUGAUGACCACUUCCUCAAGAAAGAGGCUUCCAUUGAUGACAUACCAAAGGUUGGGUUCAAUCCCAUUACACCUUUCCCUGGAUUCAAAGAUUCAGAACCAAUGGCGGCCAUGUUCGCGAGGAGAUUAGGCGCAAUCAGACACAUACCAAGAGACGCCAAAGAUAACUUGCCACACAGGCAUCUAAAUUAACACUAAUGUUUGGAGCUGCAAGUAAUUGGAAUUGUCAACUCCUUUGAGAAGGUUUCAGAAAACCGCACCAGCAAAAGAUCCAAUCACUGACAACACUUGAUUCAUCUUCUUUCUGCAUACUGAAGAAGCUUUUUCUCCUUAUCCUGAGGGAAAAGCAGGUUCAUUCUCAAGUUGUACAUUGCUUUUUGUCUAUAGUCUCAAACAUUUCAUACGUUUACACACAAUUAUCUAUAAAUGCUUUCUUCAGGCCAUUGAAUAAUCCACCACAUGUAAUUUUAUAGACAGACUUCUCUCAUAUUUUGGUUACGUCGAUACCAUUGUAUUUUAUAAGAUGUGAUGCUAACAUCCAUUACACGCAUUGCGCUCCUCUUUAGGGAGGUUAGUCACAUUAUGGAAUGUCAUAUGUAAUAUCACUCA